AUGUCACUAGAAUCCGACGUCAAGAUCCCCGCGGCGAAGUUUGACCGUAGCACGAUUGACAAGCAGACACUCGAGUUCAACGAGAAGUUGAUCAAGAUUUGGGCUGAUGGACCGAGAUGGUAUGAGGUUGGAGCCCCGGCGUACCGCCAAAUGCGCUGGGAAGGCAAAACUCCCCUUGCUAAGCCCAUCGUCUUGCCGGAAGGUGUAAAUGGUUCUCUUCCCUCCAGGGAAGCUGGACGGGAGAUCCCAUAUCGAGUGUUUAAACCGAGUAGUGGAAAGAGUAAGGGGAUACAUAUGCACAUCCAUGGCGGAGGAUGGGUGUUGAUGAGCGAGGCUUAUCAAGAUCCCUACUUAAAAUACCAAGCCGACCACUUCGAAGUAACGGUCGUAUCAAUCGGCUACCGUCUCGCACCGGAAGACCCCUGGCCCGCAGGCGCAGAAGACUGCUACGACGCCGCAGAAUGGCUAGUCAAAAACGGACCUGAAGUUUUCGGCGGAGAGCUCAUGUUUACCGGCGGUGAGUCCGCCGGCGGCCAUCUUGCCUGCCUUGUCGCCAUGCACCUCCUCGAGGCAAUGCCAAGUUUCGCAUUCAAAGGCCUCCUCCUCCACUUUGGCUGCUACGACAUGUCCUCCUUCCUGCCCCACGUCCUGCACCACGAAACACACCUCGUGAUCGACCACGACGUGAUGAAAUCUUACAUUGACGCCUUGCUUCCCAACACCACAGAAGCUGAGCGCCGCGACCCGUCCAUUUCACCUUUCUGGGCUGAUCUCCGCGGAAAGAAGUUACCACCUGCUUUGUUCACGUGUGGUAGCGAAGACCCGUUGCUGGAUGACAGCGUGAUGAUGGGUGCGAAAUGGGCUAUGUGGGGGAAUGAGAGCAUAGUCAAGAUUUAUCAUGGAGCGCCGCAUGGAUUCAUUGGGUUCCCGCCUGGAACUAUUAAGAGCGUGCAAGAGGUUUUGGAUGACACUGAAGCGUUUGUUCGGAGUAAAAUGGGUGUUUAG